AUGGUUGGCCUAGGGCCGAGUGAUCAAGGACGUGAUUCCUUUGAUGUGUGUAUGGUGGCACGUGAAAUUACACCGAGUGCGGUCGGCCGUGAGAGCACCGCACUGAAUGUCGGUAAUGGCGUUGUUGGCGAUUCGCCAUAUGGUGUGGGCGGCCGUGAGGGCACCACACCUAAUGUCAGUAAUGAUACUGUUGGCGAUACGCCGUAUAGAGUGGACGGCCCUGAGGGCACCACGCUUAACGCCGGUAAUGGCGUUGUUGGCGAUACGCCGUAUAGAGUGGACGGCCGUGAGGGCACCACGCUUAACGCCGGUAAUGGCGUUGUUGGCGAUACGCCGUAUAGUGUGGGCGGCCGUAAGGGCACCACACCUAAUGUCAGUAAUGACACUGUUGGCGAUACGCCGUAUAGUGUGGACGGCCGUGAGGGCACCACACCUAAUGUCGGUCAAGACAAAAGCUCUCGUGUAGAGCGUCUCGAAGAGACAAUCGAGACGCCGAGUAGCAGCUGUAAAGCACCAGGCGUCCUCACAGUCACAUAG